CUGGUGAGGAGAGAGAUCAGAAACAGGGACUUCCCUGAGCUUCCAUCAUCUGCAGGGAGGGAAAAAUACAUUCACACACACACACACUGCCUCCCACGUACACACACGCACACCGAGCUGAGCGCUAGCAAGAGGCUUUACACACAGCUUCACCCUAAACCGAGACAAAAGGACUGUAAUCCGCCACCAUGGAGGAAAACAUGGACGAAUCUCAGAGCCAGAAAGGCUGUAAGGAGUGCUGCGAGCGAUGCGUUGGGAGCCUGCCGUGGGCGUCGCUCAUUGCCACUGUCCUUCUUUACAUGGGCGUGGCCUUGUUCUGUGGGUGUGGCCACCAGGCUCUGAGCGGCACCGUCACCAUCCUCCAGGAUUACUUUCAAGUGAUCAAAGCACCUGGAGAUGCUCUGGACGUGUUCACCAUCAUCAGCAUCCUGAAGUACAUCAUCUACGGACUUGCCGCUGGUUUCUUCGUGUUUGGAGUGCUUCUGCUGGUGGAGGGCUUUUUCACCACUGGAGCCAUCAGAGAUCUGUACGGGGAGUUUAAGAUCACCGCCUGCGGACGCUGCCUGACUGUAUUUCUGAUGUUCCUGGCCUACCUGUUCUUCCUGGUGUGGCUCGGCGUCACGGCCUUCACCAGCCUCCCCGUCUUCAUGUACUACAACGUCUGGUCCAUGUGUCAGAACGCCAGCUCGGUGCAGGGGGCCAACCUCUGUCUGGACCUGCGUCAGUUUGGAGCAGUGACCGUCUCUGAAGAGAGGAAGUUGUGCACAGGAUCCGAGAAGUUCUUCAAGAUGUGUGAAUCUAAUGAGCUGGACCUGACCUUCCAUCUGUUUGUGUGUGCGCUGGCUGGAGCAGGAGCUGCAGUCAUUGCCAUGGUGCACUUUCUGAUGGCUCUGGCUGCUAACUGGGGCUACCUGAAAGAUGCCAGCCGGAUGCAGAAGUACGAAGACAUUAAGUCGAAGGAGGAGCAGGAGCUGCAUGAUAUCCACUCCACGCGCUCCAAAGAACGCCUCAAUGCCUACACAUAAACACAAAGCUGCCGAAACGACACACACUCACCAGUCAGACACACACACACACACACACACACACACACACACACACGCACAAAACAGACUCCAUCAUUGUCCUCUUGUCUGCAGCAGAUCCUUGGUUCUGAGCUCUGAGUUUGAUUGAUUCUGCCUGAACCUUAAACAAAUUAAAGUUGUUUUCUGAAACUUUUGAGUUCGGUGCUGAUGGACCACAACGAGUCCAGACCAUGAAACCAGAACCUGGAGCUUCUUUUCCAAUAACAAAAAAAAAAAAAACGAAACAUUUUCUAAAACAUUAAUUUUCUCCAGCAGAACCAAAAAAGACCAAAAAUAAAGAACCCAAAGAACGUUUCAGCAUGUUUUUUGUUUUGAGAUGGACCUUGGUUCUGAAUGUUCAGCCAACGAUCCUCAGCAGACAUGGGAACAAGUCUGGUAUCUGUGAGUUUAUUCAUAAAAGGCCCUGCCCUCUCCUAGAACCUACACACACACACACACACACACACACACACACACACACACACACACACACACACACACACACACACACACACACACACACACACACACGCAGACAUGUAGAUGUGACUGAGUGGUCGAUGUUGUACGGUGGUGUCAUGUGUCGUGUCGUUCCACCACACUCAGAUGACCGGUGUUGCAGAGAGAAAAGGUCCCCUGAAGUUUUGUGCCUCCUGGGUACAAUUAGGUAGCUUUACCAACUACCCCCCCCCCCCCCCCCCCCAAUCAGCUGUUUAGGAUUUGAGAUCUUCUGAAGGCAGCUGAUCACGACGCCCCCCUCCCCCCGGAUUGUAUAAACUUGCCAUUCGUCCUCAGAGACAGCACAUCUUAGCAGCACAACGUCUUUGUGUCACGUCCUCAUCAGCUCGUCUGUUCCAUGAUGUUGUUUCACCUUUUGGGGGAUUUUUGAUUAUUUCCAUGUGAUUUAGCACCGCGGGGUUUAAACGGGCUGGGUUCUGGUUGGGUUAGCACUGUCACUGUACUGAGUCUGAAUUUCAGUGGUUCUGCACACCAUGGACGUAAUUUUCACUUUAGAAGUGGGGGGGACACGGGGGGGGGGGGGGGGGGGUGGUAUCUUUACAGUAUGCUCUAACGGGAAACAGGCUUCAAGCCAAACGGUUGUUUUCCGCUUGGUCCUAGAGCUCAACCAGUGUCAACUUAAUAUAGCGUAAUGUUGUUUUUGGAUGGUAAAAAGUGCAGGGGUCAGAACUUGACUUUGGAAAAAGUGGGGGGGGGGACAUGUCCCCCCUGUCCCCCCCAAAAUUCCGUCCAUGCUGCACACAAACACACACACACACAAACACACACACACACACACACACCACAAACCCGAAUGUGACCAAAAGUUUCUGUAAGUUAGAAAACUCCUGAUUCUGGCAGCAAGUGUAGGGCACCGUGUCGUUUACAGUCCGUUUCAGGGUUCACCUCACAAAUGAGUCUGAAUACGAGAAACGGGACACAGGCGUGGAAACAGGAAGCAGGUGCAGGAACAGGGAGGUGUGGGAUCCGCAUUCCUGAUAGAUUUAGAGGUUUUCUAACUUGCUUGGUGUCUUACACUCUCCUCAGGUGCUUCUGAGCUGGACGCGGUGGUCAGACCUCUCUUCGGGUUCUGGGUGUUUACCGUGGGUUAGGCGAGCAGCGCUCCAGCUCUUCAGAUCCAAACAGGUUUCCGUUUCAGAUGUUUUACCUUCAGUGGAUUCAGCCGUCAGGAAGGAGACGAGUCUCUAUCUGCCAGUAGAGAUGGUCCGAUGGGAUGAAGAUGUUAGUUUAGUGCGAAAAGAACACACACACACACACACACACACACACACACACACACCCUCCACCUCGCCAUCACUCUGAGCCAUAAUUCUCUUUUACUUUUUUCACUGAUGACAUUUCACUAUUUUAUUAUCAACUUUUACUCUUUGAAACUUUUUAAAUGUGAAACUAUUUAAUUAGAAGAAGACGAGUGUUUUUGUUUCUCUCCAUGCGGGCGGUCAGAAACGCUGCUCCUGCAUCAGAUCUGUACAAAGACAUACAUAUAUGUGAGACAUUUGAUGCCAGCAGCCGGGAGGACGGCGCCCGUUGGUUCUGGAGUCUGACGGACCCGGCCCGGUUCCGCCGGGCCUUCUCGGCCUGCGGGAAGCUGCAUUCACACACAGGAAGGUUUGGAUCAGAGCCGUAUGGAAGGUCGGCCGCCCCAUCAGAAACCAGAUAUGAGCUCGGAGAUCCGAGCGAGUUAAAUCCCGGAUCCGAGGACGGGAUCCCGGCUUUCCCUGCGUACUCUGAUAUGUUUGUUGUGUGAAUCCAGCUGAACGUGUUCCAUCUGGGUCGGGGAGACUCGUGCAGACUCACCUGUGCAGGUGACUCUCGGCUGCAGCAGUCAGUAUUUUUAAGGGUCUAGUUUUACAGUAACGGUAUUCUAUCAUUUCAUUGCCUGACAAUGGAUGUUUGUCAGUGUUUUUAACCUCAGAUAAAAGAAAAAAUGUUUUUGUGCACUUAUUGACCAUUGUGAGCUCUCGCUCUCCUCCCCCUCUCUCUCCUCUCUCUCUCACCUCCCCCCUUCUCUUCUCUCCCCCCCUCUCUGCCCUCCCCUCUGAUCGGUGUGUAAGUGCAUUGAGCUCCCCCGUUGUGGGACCCGUGUAUAGUCUUGCAGCGUUGGUUAUAACAUGAAGAAAUGAAUUCAUAAUAAUGAAGAUAAUCUUAUUCUACAUAAAAACGACAGUGAAUCUAGUUGUUGUUUGUGGCAUGGUUAUGCAUUCAAUGGUCAUAUUUUAAUGAUUAAAAUGAAACAAAAAUCCUUAAAAAAAAUCCCAUUUCUUUUCCACCGGUGCUGUUCUGCUGAGUUUUGUUCCCACUUUUUCGUGUGCAGUAUUCCAGUUCCUGUUGCUAUGGUGUUGCUAAGCUAGCUUGCCUGCUCAGUUGUUUACCACCAGAGCAAAAUGUUGUAGCAGUUCGACUCAAACAUUCCCUUCAGCUCCAGACGUUAAGCUGCAUGAAUCUUUGAUUAAAGUCUUCGGUGAUUCUGGUGUUCUGUAUCCUUUCUCCUAAUAAAACUCAUUUACAGA